AUGGACGGACGACAGCAGUAUAUCCCAGGGCCCCCGCCUUCAUCCCAAACCCAUCCCAUGAACCUACCUCCGCCUCCGCCUCGCCAAGUUGUACCGCCUCCUCCCCCCGGACCGCCUCCAGGGUCGACGUAUACCCCAGCGACAGCGUACGGGGUUCCUACAGGGUGGCAGCAGCAGCAAAACUGGGGCAGACAGGCGCUGACCCCAGGCUUCCCACCACCCCCGCCCCCUCCGCUUGCUGGCCCUGCACAAAAUCACCAUCUAACGUAUGGCCGCCCACCGGCUCCGUUAUCAAUAAUCCCGCCACGCCCUCCCAAUGAGUCCCAACCGUUGACGUCCGCCACCUACAUACCCGGCAACGACACAAUUGGAGUCGGCAUCCCGGGGCUCUUUGACACUCAUGGAAGAGCUCAAUAUGACCCAUAUUCGCACUCCGCCACGGCCGAAAGACAACGGUUGGGUAUGAACCAACCGCACGAGCUUAUCAACACCCAAGCUCCAUACAAACUGGACCCAAGCCUCCCCCAACUCCGGGGGCUCGCACUGCUCCCCAAUCUUUCGGUCUUCACGGCUGGUGAGAUUGUCAAGUCAUCAAGCCAUCGCCACAACCCGAGCGGUGCGUCGUUGGGUGGUUUGUCGCACAGCGAGGCUGCGAUUCAGUGGCCGCUGGAGCGAGUGCUCAUUUGGCUCGCUAGAAACGGUUUCUCCAAUGACUGGCAGGAGACUUUCAAGUCUUUGGAACUCCAAGGAGCCGACUUCCUCGAGCUUGGUCACGGCUCUGGCGGCCGAGGCAACCUGGGCAAAAUGCACCAGGUGGUUUAUCCUCAGUUGGCCAAAGAGUGUGGCCGAAAUGGUACAAAAUGGGAUCCUGGCCGUGAACGAGACGAAGGCAAGCGCAUGCGCAAACUGAUUCGUCAAAUUCACGAUGGCUCGCAAGAUACGGUUUCUACGCCUUUGCAGCCCACACAGCCGAAUGCAUUCCCUGAUAGUAGUUUAGGGUGCUUGUCUAAUCAUUUCCCCGAACCGCGUUCUGCUGGUCCCAUCGCUGGUACUAACGAUGUGAGCCCGGAACAUCUCACUGCGCUGCAAGCCGCCAAUCAGAACCAAAAGCUGGCUGGACAGCGUUCGGUAACAAUGCCGGUUCCUGCUGCUCACGAUUCGCCGAGGUAUGACUCUCCCGCGCGCGAGUCGCCAACCUGGCUGCGAUCUGACUAUUCGCGCAAUGCCCUUGCUGGAAUCGGCGAGCAUCGACGCCAGAGCCCUUCGAUUGGUAGUGAAAGUGGUACAACCCAUGGUGGUGCCCUUCGACCCCAUGAAGGUAGCCCGAAAAGUGGUAGCCCAGCUUUGCCGCAUGUGACACCCGCUUAUACGCAACAUCCAACAUCAUCUACUGGGGACUUAUCCCUGAAAUAUGACCACUCUCGGGGGAACAGCACCGAUUCCAUUCCAGGUGUUGGGCGGGGCUCCACGGCCCGUUACUAUGGCAGACAAGGCCAAGAAGGCGCGCGCCCCUCUCCACAAGAUGCCUAUUCUCGCCAAUGGAGUGGAGAUACCCCUUCUUCGUAUAAAGACCACAGUAAAGGCUUCUUGGGUUUCCUCAAGAAGAAAACAAGACCCAAUGACUCCAGUCACCCAUCUCCUGAGCAGCAGCAAGACGACUCAUCGCCAACUACCAGUCCAGAGACUCGUCCUUAUGGGGCUUACCUCCCCUACUCAAAGCCUGGGUAUAACUCUAGUGAUUUGUCCGUUGGCGAGCGUCCAACUACGGGUACAACAAAGACCAAAAAAUGGGCUUUUGUGACCAUGGACGGAUUGAACUUCCGCCUGGUUGAUAUCUCCGACAUGGAACCCGUUGAGAACCUCCGUGCUGAGAUCUGUCGAAACAUGGCAAUCUCUGACUGGACCAGUGCUCAGAUUUUCCUCACGGAGCCUGGCCAGACUGAGCACGAGAAUCCUUUGAGCGAUGCAAAUCUCACCCACUCACGCCGCAGCAAGUCGGAUCAAUAUGGUUCCCUCAAGCUGUUUGUGCGGGGAAAUCCUAUUCAUCCUCCUACUACUCCUCGGGUCGAUGGCCUGGGUGUUUCGUUCGCCGACAAGCAGAGCUUGUCUCCAACCGCAACACAUCACCAGGUUCACAGAAAGCCACUAGAUGAGGACGCCCUAAAUCGCAUUUCACCGCACCAUGCUAUGCCAAGCUCUCCAUCCUUUGCCUCUCGGCAGACCACGAUCAAAGCUCCAGUGAAGACCUCUCCGGCGGAACCCGCUCCAGAUCCGAACCAGGGACUAGAUUCUGAGAAAGCCGAUCUACUCGCCCGCCAUGAGGAACAUCUUCGUGAAGUUGAACGAAAACAAAAGCAAUAUUUCCUCUCUAAGGCGCCGCUGUCUCAACAAAAGGCCAAUGCUUAUGGUGAUACUGGCUACAGGCGUAACGAAGUCAUUGAUUUCGACAGUCCUCGCAUUUCGCCUUACGAUGAAAAGAAGGGAGAGUCGCUUGUGCCACUUCGCAAGCCGCCAAUGGCACCGAUUGAAUCCAACACCCUCACCAAGGUCAACUCUCUCAGUAGAAGACCUAGCGAGGUUAGCUAUCUCAGCAGAAGGCCUAGUGAGCGCCCUCGAACCCGGCCUGAUGUCCAACCACACGGCCUUGGGGCUGCAAUUGCCAGUGUUGGCCGUAUUACAAGUGCCAUCGGCACUCCGUUGCCUUCAGUAGCUCCAUCUUCGCCUACCAAUCGGGAUAGCGUAGGCUCAGAGUCGGAUCGGCCAGGGACACUUGACUCUGCUGGAACAGUGUCGAGUAAAACAACUUUGGACUCGCGACCCUCUUCCUCGAGGAAUUCCCAGCCCGAAGUAUCGUUUGCCAAUCAACCGUCUGAAAAGGCUGAUAUUGACGGUCCAUCGAGGCCUACAUUGCAAUCCCGCAAGUCCUUUGGACCGGAGUUCGACUUUGAAGAAAAUCAAGUGUCCUUCCAGAGAACUCCCCAGCCAGAAGAGGAUUCGGACGACGAUUCAGACGAUGGUCUUUUCCAAGUUCGACCUUCAAGAACCCAGGAGGAACAGGAAACGGAACCAGAGCCUGACAGAAAGUCAGAGAGGCCGUCUCUCACAUUAAAAACUGGAGACCGGCUCAGCAAGGGGCUAUCUGUUCGUUUCAAGUCUCCGAGCACGGCCGGUCCCAGUUCUGGAGAUGCAUCGGAUGGCAAGGAACCGUCCUCUGCCACCGCUUACGAACCCGUGUCGCCUGAAGACGAGAGGCUGCCUCGUCGGGAUUCUUUUGCCCGAGAUGUCUGGGCUAGCAGACCUGCUGUCGAAGGCGUCAUUGACAAGCUUGACGACUUCUUCCCUGACGUUGAUCUUGAUGCUCCUUAUUUGGAUGAGCCUCCAUCGCCCACCCCCAAGGUCACUAAUACUGAGCAUGAUGCAAGUCUCAACGAAAAGAAGGAGACCUCACAGCCUAUUCCGCAUCCCACUCCCCUUUCUAACAACCCCUAUGGAUCUGAUGCAGCUACCGUCAGACCACCGGACGCUAGUAUUGUCGCUCGACGCAAUAUCGCACGAGGUGGUGGCGGCGGUGGUCUGUCUCGUAUGAAGUCCAUUCGUCAAGUGGCCCAGGGAGCAAACCGAACGAAGAGUGUUAGUGCUGCUGGUCCUCAAAAGUCGGGUGAUCUUCUACGCCGGAAGAGCACGAAAAUGUUCGGCGCCAAGAUCAUGCAAAUCAGGCCUCGACCUGGUAGUCGGAUCAGCCAGCUCGAUCCCAUUCCGCAGAACAGUAACCAAGUCACAUCGAAUGCUGGUUCUGUUCCUCAGCGACAGCCCACUUUCCGUAUCAUCCGCGGUCAACUUAUCGGCAAGGGUACCUACGGCCGAGUAUACCUAGGCAUGAACGCGGACAAUGGUGAAGUUUUGGCGGUGAAAUUGGUCGAGAUCAAUCCCCGCAUUGCGGGAACAGACAAAGAUAAAGUUAAGGAAAUGGUCGCAGCAUUGGAUCAGGAAAUCGACACCAUGCAGCACCUUGAACAUCCCAAUAUCGUGCAAUAUCUCGGUUGCGAGCGUGGCGAAUUCUCCAUCUCUAUCUACCUAGAGUAUAUUUCUGAGGAUGUGUCUCUGAACAUUAGUCCGGCGGCUCUUGCGUUCAUGUAUGACUGCUUUACAAUCGACUCGGCUGAACGUCCUACUGCCGGAACUCUGCUCACACGCCACCCCUUCUGUGAAUCCGAUCCAAACUAUAACUUCCUGGAUACGGCGUUGUACGCCAAGAUUCGCGUCUGA